UAAUUUAUGUCGGGUCCACGUGGGAAGUAAAAGGAGUCAGAGCGCCACCUGCAGUCAGGAAGUUUCUCCGAAUACUGGUGAUGUGAUCAGGCAAGCCGCGCUCACAGGACAGCCGAGCGCCGAACCCGGCAGGAAUUUCUUGUUUGUUUUUCUUGAUUAUUCAUCGUAAUAAACAGAGAUGGCCCUUCAGGCAGUGAGCGGAUCCUCGGCUCAGUUCGGCUUAAACAGGACGCAGUUUGUUGAUCGACCGAAUCACUACAGCUUUGGGACAAAAUCUCAAGAAUUUGCUCUACCAGUUGGGGUUGAUCCGUCAGCCUUUCUGAAAUCGUGCAGUUGUGAUGAUGGGAUAUCGAUAGAUUUGAACCAUGGCACCACAACACUGGCUUUUAAGUUCCGCCAUGGUGUCAUUGUAGCUGUCGACUCCAGAGCCUCAGCUGGACGCUAUAUUGCGUCAAAGGAGGCAAAUAAGGUGAUCGAGAUCAACCCUUACCUGCUGGGCACCAUGUCUGGCAGCGCAGCAGACUGUCAGUACUGGGAGAGACUUUUGGCUAAGGAGUGCAGGCUUUACCAGCUCCGUAAUAAGCAGAGGAUCUCAGUGUCUGCAGCUUCCAAGUUGCUGUCCAACAUGAUGAUUGGCUAUAGAGGCAUGGGUUUGUCCAUGGGUAGCAUGAUCUGUGGCUGGGACAAGAAGGGUCCUGGUUUGUAUUACGUAGAUAGCAAAGGAACACGUCUCUCAGGGCAAAUGUUUUCCACUGGCUGUGGGAACGGCUAUGCAUACGGUGUAAUAGACAGUGGCUACCGUGAGGACAUGUCAGUGGAAGAGGCGUACGAGCUCGGCCGCCGCGGCAUUGCUCACGCCACACACAGAGAUGCCUACUCUGGAGGAGUCGUGAAUCUCUAUCACAUGAAGGAGGAUGGUUGGAUUAAGGUCUGCAAGGAGGAUGUGUCCGAGCUAAUCCACAAGUACAGGAAAGGAAUGUUCUGAACCCUUUUAUGCUCGAACACUAACCCUGUAUCUGACAUGAUUCAUUGAUAAAAAUAAAAAUGCUGUUUAAAACAUAA